AAACACUACCACGGUUGCCUCUGCACAGAAUCACCAUUAGAAAGCUAGACCCAGAAAAAUGUCGGCAGACGCUUCCACGGUGCCCGUCCUCAAGGACCUGACGAUUGACAACAUCACCGAGAACGUGCAGCGCAUCAACUCGCAGUGCCGCGAUGCACGCCUCAAAUACAUCAUGGAGAGCCUGGUCUCGCACCUGCACGAUUUUGCGCGCGAGACGCGGCUGAGCUUCGACGAGUGGAUGGCCGGCAUCAUGUUUCUGACGUCGGUCGGCCAGAUAUGUUCAGACGUGCGACAGGAAUUCAUCCUGCUAUCCGACAUAGUCGGCCUGUCGCUGCUGGUCGACUCGAUGGACCACCCGAAGCCGCCCUCGUCAACCGAAGGCACGGUGCUGGGCCCGUUCCACACGCACGACGCGCCGCCGUCGGCAUCUGGCACCGCCAUCUCAGCGGACCCCUCGGGCACGCCCAUGCUCGUCGUGUGCACUGUGAAAACAACCUCAGGCGCGCCCGUCGAGGGCGUCAAGGUCGACAUCUGGGAGACGGAUUCAAAGGGCAAAUACGACGUGCAGUAUGAGGACCGCGGCAGCAAGGCGGAUGGCCGCGCCAUCAUCACGAGUGAUGACAAGGGCGUCUUUUGGUUCAAGGCUAUUGUCCCUGUGCCGUAUCCCAUUCCUCAUGACGGGCCCGUGGGCAAGUUGCUGGAUAAGCUGGGCCGCCACUGCUGGAGGCCGAGCCACAUGCAUUUUAUGUUUGAGAAGGAAGGUUUUGAUAACUUGGUGACAGCGCUCUAUGUCCGCGGCUCGCUGUAUGAAACCUCUGACGCCGUCUUCGGCGUCAAGGAAUCCCUCAUUGUGCCUCUGGAAACCGUGACGCCCGAACAAGCGAAACAGUACGGCGUCAGCGAAGAUUGCCAGCUGCUCAAGUACGACUUUGUGCUUGUCACGGACGAGGAAACAAGGCAGCUUAGGAACGAGGAGGCCGCCAAGGCCAUGAAGGCGCUGGGCAGGGAGGGCAUGAUGAUUGUCAAUGGAGUGCCUGUUCCUGAGGUUGAUUGAGCCAUGACUUGUACUAUGUAGAAAAGUUAAGAAGAAGAAGAAAAAAAUUAGAUC